UACGGGCUUGCAAAGGCGUUCUCUGUUCAGCGAGGGGCAGAGGACCUGGCCUAAACAAGGCUCCGCGGUGUCUGCUCAGCACCCCCGGGGGCGCGAUGCCGGUACUGAGCCCACCGCAGUUGGUGGGGCAGUGAAGCCUGCACAUUUUCCACCCCGGAAUCCCAUGAAGGCAUUUCUCGGUCUGCAGCCCAGGCCCCUCCCCGAGCUGUCUCGCUCUACCGACACGCGAGGGGCGGGAGCGGACCGCAGGGGGCGUGGGAGAGGGAGGGCCGAGCUCUCCGAGCGGGCGGAGGUGGUCGCUGAGCCUCGGGGUGGUGACCGAGUGAGGGGCCUGACGGCGGGGUCCAUCCAGAACGGCCCGGACGACGGCGCGCAGUGAGGGAAACCUGACCUGAGGGACAAAACGGGAAGGAAGCAGCAAAAGCUGGGUCUUAUAGAGGCCAGGGAUUUGGUGAUGGCCCUGCUGUGCCCAGCUGCCAGUCAGAAUCCAUCCCAGCUUUCAAAGGCAGACUUUACCACCAAUGUCGGUGCUGAACUCUAGCUGGCCCCACGGAGGCGAGAGCCUCACCACUCAGGAGCCAGGUCCACCAGAGAACUUAGACAGUGACCCAGGCCACCUGUCAGAGGAGGACCCUGAGGAGACCUUUGCUCAGAAUCCUGAAGUUCUGGGCUUAGGGCUCCCUGGCCUGGACACCAACCCAGCCAACUGGCCUGGGCUUCGGACGCUCCUGCAGCAGCUCCCUCCACAGGACAGCAGUGUGGGUCUCCCUCUCCCCAGCUUCCCUCUCUUUGGCCUCCCUCUUUUCAUACUAUGGGAAGAACCUUGGUCCAGAAGUCAGGGAACGUGGAUUUAAGGCCUGGCUGUGCCACUAAUUGGGAGAAGUCAUCCGCCACCUUCAGCCUGAGUUUCCACAUAUACAUACAUAAUGGGUACAAUCAUCUACAUACUGGCUGUUCUGCCCACCACAAUGCUUAGUUGAAGAGCAAAUGAGAAAAUGGACAUGAACGACUUUUGAAACCAUUAAUGGAAUGUACAAUGUAAGGAGUAUGGUUAAGUAUUUAUUGAGGCCCUGUGUCCCCAGUCUAAAGGCUUACAAUCAAUUGGGAAGGCAAGAGAGGAGAAUAUGGAAUAAAUAGGGAAAACAAUAGGAAGUGAUAUUGAGCUACAUUUAAUUGAGAGCACCUAAUUGAGGACCUAAAUAUAUGGUGACAGGGCUGAGUGCUAUGGGGCUAUUAGACCUGAGUGAUGACCACCCUUGGGGCAGGGAGUGAGGUGGACUUACCGGAGCUCUUGUCCUUUUUCCCCUCUCCAUCUCAAUGCUCUUCUGUGCUGUUAUCACCUGCACCUCCCUGAGGUUCUACAACCUUACUUUGACCCAGCAGCUAAGCCUUCUCUCUCCAAUCAAACUUCAGUCUUGCUUGCCGGGGGUUCUCCUGGUCACAGUGGAGGCCUAUUUCUAUAGGAGCGAUACUGCCUGGCCCUUGGGGAAGAGGAGCUGGCUGAGCUGCGGCUCUUUUGUGCCCAGCGAAGGCGGGAGGCCCUGGGACAGGGGGUGGCACGCCUGGUACCUCCCAAGCUCAAAGAAUGCACUUGUGAGAAGGGAGCAGAUGAGGCCAGGGGAAUACGGCGUGUUUGCAGCCCGGGCAGGAGAGCGGCGUUGCUGGCACCAGGCUUGCUUUGCCUGCCAGGCCUGUGGCCAGGCCCUGAUAAACCUCAUCUACUUCUACCACAAUGGGCGUCUGUACUGCGGCCGUCAUCACGCUGAGCUGCUGAGGCCACGCUGCCCUGCUUGUGACCAGCUGAUCUUCUCCCCGCGCUGUACCGAGGCGGAGGGACGGCGCUGGCACGAGAACCACUUCUGCUGCCAGGACUGCGCCGGGCCCUUGGGCGGGGGCCGUUAUGCCCUGCCCGGGGGCGGCCCCUGCUGCCCCAGCUGCUUUGAGAGUCGCUAUUUAAAUGCCGGCUUGAGCCCAGCUCCGGCAAUGGAAGGAAGGGCGUCCCUUGGUAAGAGAGGAAAGGUGCAGAUCAAAAGGGAAGGGGGCAGCGGCUUGGGCUGGGCUGAGGAGGGGAUUCUCCCGGGAUGGGACCCUCGCCCCGAUCCCACGCCGUCCCGUCCCUCCAGCAGCGCCCCCGACCCCAACCGCACCUCCCAGACCCGAGUCUCGGGGCCCGCAGCUCUCACCGCGCGUCCCAGGCCGGAGCGCUCCAAGGGCCUCCCGAACCCACCCCGCGCCGCAGCCUCAACAGCGGCGCGGCACUCGGCUCCUGUAGUGGGGACGCGGCCGCCCUCUGGUGGGCGGAGGCGGGGAGGGGCGGGGAGCCCUGGAGAGGAAUCGCCGCGGCGGAGGCGCGCACGGCCCGGGGGCGGGGCGGGAGCCUGGGUCUGGCUUCAGUGGGCCGCCCCGCAGGGAUGUGGGUAAGAAACUCGGAGCUCUGAGAAGAGCAUGUCUGACCCAUCCUGGAGCAGGGGAGUCGGGGCUCGACAGAGUUGAAGGAGGGGACCGCGUCCCACUGCACGCUCUGACCAUCUCCGAAGCAACCCUUCUGAACGCAGCUACUGCCAGCUCCAGUCCAGAAACCCAGAGGGUACUGCAUGGAUCGAGC